AUGGACGAGGAACAGCUGUCGAAGAGUUAUCAGUUCAAAGCCCACGCAAUAAAUCUGAUGUCAUCAAUAAACACGGCGGUGACAAACCUCAAUCAACCGGAGGUCGUGAUAGCGUUGAUGAACAAAUUAGGGGAAACACAUAGAAAGCGACGCGUCGAACAGUUGCAUUUCGAUCAAGUAAAAGAAGUACUGGUGGGCAUUCUUCGUAAUGAUAUGAAAUUAUCAGUAGAUAUUAUCAGCUCUUGGGUGAAAUUCGUGACAUUUAUUUAUAAGCAUAUAUUCGAAGUAUUAAACGAUAAAUAG